UCCACGGGCUGCCAUGCUCGCAACCCUCGUCGCGUGCGCUCCGCCGGCAGCCUUCGGGCGCAUCUCGGCCAUGCUGGGCACGAGUGUCGACCUCGUCCUUGUACCUGCUCAGGCUCUCACGCAAAAUUUCACGAUUCAAGCUUCGAGUGAAUGGGCAGAUCGAGUCUAUGUGGAAUUGCCUGAUUUGAACUUUGCUCUCCACUCAAGCGUUAUGGGAGAAUUGUUCCGAGUGCUCAAGAAGGGAGGAAGCGUGUGUAUUCGGCAUCGCAAGGCUGAUGAUUCCAAGAACGCUUGGCCGAGCAAUCUGAUCUUUGCUGGUUUUGUGGACACCACGGAAAACGACGGCGACGGUGUUAUGGUGGAGACGUCAGCGAUUAAGCCACCAUGGGAAGUAGGCUCUGCGGUGCCUUUGAGCAUAAAGCGCUCGAAGCAGGAGGCGCAAGAGACGAAAAAGGUUUGGAAAGUGUCAGCGGAUGAGGACGAUGAGAUCAUGGACGAAGACUCUCUCUUGAGUGAGAAGGACCUCAAGGCAGCCCCCAAACCUGCCAGUGACUGUGAGCUUUCCGGAGGAAGAAAGGCUUGCAAGAACUGUACUUGUGGCCGAGCUGAGAUGGAAGAGAAUGGAGGCAAGGCAGCGGCUGCAGCCCCGACGUCCGCCUGUGGGAAUCGACUGGGUUGUGACUUUGAGAACUGUUGUGCGCAGUGCUAUCUUGGCGAUGCAUUCCGGUGUGCUUCCUGCCCUUACAAGGGUUUGCCACCCUUCAAGCCUGGCGAGAGAGUCACGGUAUCAACGGACUAA